AUGGCAACGACUGAGCUCGACGACCUUCGGAAGCAGUUAGAGUCGCUCCAGCGAUCUCAUGACACGCUACUGAAGAGCUUAUCAGUAACCAACGACACUUUCAAACCAUCGGAGGCUCAACACCUCCGUCGCACAUCCACACGACAUGGCGGCGAUGCCAUCUUUGCCGAUACCUCGACACUAUCUGAUGACAGCAGCGACGAUGAAGACGACUAUUUUGUCCAAGACGAGCUACCUUCCCACUCGUUCGACCAUGAACAUCUACGCGAACACUUGAAGACUCACGACUGGACUGAACAUGGCAGAGAGAUUCUUUCUUCAAUCAUCUCCGAUCCCGCGAAGCUUACCAAACAGCCUCAUCUCUUCCAUAUGGGACCUGGGCCAGCGGAUGACCGAAGCCACUAUUCACAUUUCCAGGUGUAUAAUGUCGGGCCUAACGGUUUGCCAGAACUGGUUGAAGUAGCCGGUCCCGAUAACAACAUGAGUCGAGCUACAGAGAUUUGGCAUGCACUACGGGAUAUUGGAAAACAACCGGAUGAGAAGGUAGUCGGACGUAUCACCAUUGCGCGAGAACCUUCACCCAUCCUGUUCGGUGCACUGCAUCUGACAAUGCAUGAUGCUUUCGACAUGGACGAGCUAUUUCAACACUUAGUCGAAACGGAAGCAUCGUCUGCGCACAUGUUCCGGGCCUUCAAUCAGAGUCCUAAACAUCAGCGAACAUUCUUCUUCAACUUUGAGUAUUAUACCAUUAUUGGAGAGGAUUGCGUGCCGAUGCAAUGGCAGCGUGCGGACAAGAUCACAGGCCAUUCUGAUCAUCACAUACCACUUUCGCGAUGCAGUGCUGUUGUUGCGCUAGUGCUAUAUGAUGACAAACCACGCCGGAUCCGCAACAGAGGAAGACGUGCGAAAACACAGUUUGGAUGGGUGAACGACGUGUGGUCGCCAUGGCAGGUCUUGCAACUUGAGAGUUUUCCAGACUGGAAGUCGACACCAGCGAGUGGAACCCCAUACACUUUCGAGACAGGCCACAAGUUCUUGAACGGCGCGGAAGCGUUUCUCCAUGCCUUGCUGACGGAAUAUCGGGAUGCGAGGAAGAGAUUUGACGAGAUCUAUAAACGCAUCACCGACCUCGUCACACCACCUUUAGGCUUCUUGUUCAGUGAGGAGCUACGACAAGCGCGAUUGUUCGAGGACAAGGACUUUACAUGGAUUCGCCGGUAUUUCUACGCCCACCAAACGUUGGGUAACGUCAACAACAGCAUCAAGUCCAUGAUCGACGCUUUCGAAGACACGUUCACGGAUGACAUCUGGGAAGGCCAGAACAAAACGCUAUGGCCACUAUUUGAGGAGUCGCCGCGCAAUGAUCAUUGGAAGCGCCGCCUGCGGUCGCUUAGGCUCCAAUUUGAACGAGAGAUGAAGGAGCUCCGAACGAUCAUUGCGGAAAACAACGAACGACGUCAUGAAAUUGCGACGUUGCAGGAGCAGUUGUUCUCGGGUACAAGUAUUCAGGAAUCGCGUAAGUCUGUUGAGCUGGCCGACGUUACUGUACACCAGGGAUACAACAUUAAGGUUUUGACCAUCGUCAACCUAUUCUUCAUGCCUCUUACAUUUGUAACGUCCGUCUUUGGUAUGACGAACAUGCCAGAGAGUCCAGCACCGUUCUGGCCAUUCGCAAUCGUUCUGGUAGCAAUUUGCAUACCCUUCUUCAGCAUCAUCGGUUUCCUCUCAACCAAAUACGGCUACGCUAUCUGGGCACAGAAGACAAAAGAACUAUGGCGAUGGCUUCGACCGAACAGCAAGUCCAAAGUUCCAGAUGACACGGAUCUGGCACCGCCAACGCGCGUGAACAGGACCAUGUCGACGGAAGCGGGCAUGCGAUUGCGACUGGGUGACAGAGACGGCAUGAAUAUAGGGGCAGGCAUGUCAAGAAGGCGAUCAAGUGGGAGGCCUGCACCUAGUCAUCCGCACAUCCAACGCAUGGUGGAGAGAAUGGGCGAGGGGCGGGAAAGCGGGCUGGUGCGCAUGGGUACUGUUGCGAGUGACGAAAAGUCAGAAACAGAAAAAGAGAAGAUUAUGAGCACAGGCAGAGACGCAGUCAUUGAUAUUCGAGAGCCUUAG